GCAAGUAAUUCGCUACACAUAAACGACCAAAAUACCUGUUGCUAUUUACACUUUAAAAUUGAAGAGUGUAGACUUCAGCUUUAGUAUUUCUGACGUGGAUAUCCAGCGACAGCUCGAGCGAACUUCCUGCAUUGUUGAAGCACUGCUUGAUAGCGUUCCAGUAUUUUACAUAAAUUACACUGAGCAGGGCCUAUCCAAUACCAACAAUGACUGAUGGAAGGAUCUACGUGGGAAAUCUUCCAAUGGACGUCCAGGAGAGGGACAUAGAGGAUCUCUUCUUCAAAUAUGGAAAAAUUCGGGAUAUCGAACUAAAGAAUAACAGGGGAACCAUCCCUUUUGCUUUUGUUCGCUUUGAAGAUCCACGGGAUGCAGAAGAUGCUGUCUAUGGAAGGAAUGGAUAUGGAUUCGGUGACUCCAAGCUUCGUGUAGAAUACCCUCGCUCCUCUGGUGCCAAAUUUAGUGGCCCUAUGGGAGGCGGAGAAAGAGGCGAAGGAGGGGGUCCUAAGGGGAGGUUUGGGCCUCCAACUCGGAGAUCUGAGUUCCGGGUGAUAGUGACUGGCUUGCCCCCAUCAGGGAGCUGGCAGGAUCUUAAAGACCACAUGCGUGAGGCAGGGGAUGUGUGUUUCGCCGACGUGCAGCGGGAUGGUGAAGGGGUGGUGGAGUUUGUCCGUCGGGAGGACAUGGAGUAUGCCCUGCGCAGACUGGACAGGACUGAGUUCCGCUCCCAUCAGGGGGAGAUGGCAAACAUUCGUGUCCACGGAGAACAUGGUGCCAGUUAUGGUCGCUCGCAGUCCCGCUCCAGAUCCCCCCGGGGGCGUGGCUACUCACCACCUCCUUACAAAAGCAGAGGGUCCCCUCCACAGCGCUACCAGUCACCUCCACGGCGCCAUGUGUCCCGCCAUAGCCCCCCAGCGAGGCGACACCCAGUAACAGACCACAGCCCACCCCCACGCCACUAUCGGUAGACCAGCCAGCCAUUCACAAGAGGGCACUGAUGAUUAGGGGCAGUUUAAUUAUGUUUUGUUUAUACCAGUUCUCCUCCCUGACACACACAAAUAAUUGUCCCCCUUUUGCUUGCUAUGUGCAUUCCAUGGUCAGUCACCCCUGCCUUCUUGUUGGCCUUAAUAUGGUUGAUUUAUUUUCCUGUUGAUUGAUGUAAACUUCAGUUCCCUGUGUCAGCGCACUGUAUUGAGCUGAGUUCUGAUGUCUGGUGAGACCAUUUGUUAACUUGUCAAUUUACUGGUCUUGCUGCUCUAGGUCAUGUAUGAACAUGAUCCAUUUGUGAUGAACACUGCCCUGAGUGUGACUCAACAAAAACUAAAUGUGAAGAUCUGCCUGCAAUGUCUAUUUUUAAAUGAAUUGUAAGUGUGGACCUCCAAGUGUCUGAAUACCUUUUGGAAAUUGUUUGAUUGUAAUCUGCUGGUAAACCUGAAAUCCUUAAAUUUGUUUUAUUUUAAAUAAAUGUCAAACUUUUUAAUCAGUU